CAAUCAUGUGGGCAUGUCGUCGCUCGCUCUCCACCAUUGCACAGAGCACCUCCGCUUAGCAGGCCUCGUAAUCCACGAAGCAAGCCGAAGAGCCCGACGCGAUGGACCACCUGCACGACGAGGUGCAACACGACUUCCCCCCCUUCAUCCGGCAGUACAAGAGCGGCCGCGUCGUCCGCCUCGGCGCCGCCGAUGACACCGUCCCCGCCGGCGCCGACACUGCCCGCACCGGCGUGUCGUCCAAGGACGUCGUCAUCGACCCGAGCACCGGCCUCUGGGCUCGCCUCUACCUCCCGGCGGAGCUCCCCGCCGCCGGGCGCCGAGCCAAGCUCCCCGUCGUCGUCUACUACCACGGCGGCGCCUUCGUCAUCGGGUCGACGGCGAACCGGCCCACGCACGAGUACCUCAACAGCCUGGCAGCCGACGCCGACGUCCUCGUCGUCUCGCCGGAGUACCGCCUCGCCCCGGAGCACCCGCUGCCUACGGCGCACGACGACUCGUGGGAGGGUCUCAAGUGGGUGGCGUCCCACGCGACGGGUGACGGCCCCGCCGAGCCCUGGCUCGUCGAGCACGGCGACCUGUCGCGCGUGUUCCUCGGCGGGGUCAGCGCCGGCGCCAACAUCGCGCACCACAUGACCGCGCGCGCCGGCGAGCACGGCCUCGGCGUGCCCAUCAGAGGGAUGCUGGUCAUCCACCCCUACUUCAUCAGCGAAGCGGCCUUGCGCACGGCGUCGCCGACCGGGGUGAUGAAGGAGAAGUCCGAGGCGUUCUGGCGGUUCGUGUGCCCCGGCACGCCGGGGCUCCACGACCCGCUGUGCAACCCAUUCUCGGAGGCCGCCGGCGGGAGCGCGGCGCGCGUCGGGGCGGAGCGCGUGCUCGUCUGCGUCGCCGAGAAGGACGGGCUCCGGGACAGGGGCGUCUGGUACUACGAGAGCCUCAGGGCCAGCGGCUACCGCGGCGAGGUGGACCUGCACGAGUCCGUGGGCGAGGGGCACGUCUUCCAUCACAGCAAACCGGAUUGCGAGCAAGCGCGGUUGUUGCAUGCGCGCGUGCUGAGUUUCCUCCGUCACGAGUGAGCGUCCGUUCCGAGCUCCAAGGCUCCAAGCUUUUGGUGUGAUGAAUGAUCCAAAUCAGUUGUAUUUCUUGCACGUUUUCUUAUUCACCUUUGAGAUUCAAACCGUGCUUGAAUCGUUCA